GUGAUCUCAUUGCUCAUUUUAUUGAUUUGUACCUAGGAUAUACUGUCUGGUAGAAUCAGAAAAGUUACAUUAAUUAUUUUUCUUAAUUAAAGCACUAUUUGUUUUUUAUGUGAGAUGGGCCUCACAUUUCUUGGGAUUUGUAAGGGAAAGGUUAGUGGAUUGCAUUUUCCAUUUGUUGGGGCUUAUUAAUGAAAUAUGAUGCUACUUUGAUUAGUCUAAGAAACAGCAAUACGUAUUUUAAUCCAAUACUUGUAUGUAAGCGUCCAAUGUACAAUACAUACUCUAUUUAGCAGCAAGCAGAGGAAUCAGAUACUAAGUUCUGUCCGUAAUCCAGUAGGAACUAGCUCAUGGUUUUCCAAGUAAAGAGCAGAAGAAGUGAUGAGAACUGUUACAAAUACACAGUGGCAAAGUUAAACACAUCUGAAGCUUUUUCCAUGGUAUGAUUGUUGAUGUGCAGUCUCUAUGCUUGCUUGCUUUCCUGCUACAUUGCUGUGCUCAAUUUAAUUAAAUGCUGCUUGGGACCAUGGUUUUAUUUUUGUUUUAUGUGCACACCACAUGGAUUUAUACUUUCCUUUUUGUUUGGUGGGGGUGGGGUUUUUUUUUGCAUUUUUAUCAUAUUUUUCCCCAUUUUUAUUCACUCCUCAUCUUAGGAUUUCACAUCCUCUGAAGCGCAAGUGUAACCACUGCAAGUUCAUCCACUGCUGCUACUUGCGAAUGCCUGCAACGUGCACAAGGCUCAGACAUUAUGGGGACAACUCAGGUUCUGCCUGGCAUUUUGCAGAAGCAUUGCUGUAUUUUACCAGACAGGAAUACAGAGUCACAGUGUACACUCUGUGGUGAGCCUGAGGGAUUGGAUUCUCUAACAGGGCAUGCAUUUCCAGACCAACAGUACUCCUGGUCACCUUCUCAGCACUUCAAUGAAGAAAGAUUCUCGCCUGCUCCGAGGAACAUGAAAGGAUUAUCUGGUAGUCGCAACCAACCACAAUUAUGUUCUGCUCAUACUUGUGGCUUAGCAUCCCCUGAAGAUUGUGAACACACCCACGAUCAUAUCCACCAUGGGCAGGAGCCAAGGCAAUCAUAUCUUCUCAGCCCUACAGAGAGCUGCCCACUGGACCAUCAUCGCUGCUCACCACGAAGCUCCAUCCAUUCAGAGUGCAUGAUGAUGCCCAUGGUUAUGGGCGAUCACAUGUCAAGUAGCACUUUCCCCAGAAUGCACUACAGCUCACAUUACGAAACGAGGGACGAUUGCGCCAUGUCUCACGCUAACCCUAAGAUUAACCGAAUUCCUGCCAAUCUCCUGGAUCAGUUUGAGAAACAACUUCCUCUCCACAGGGAUGGAUUUCACACUUUACAAUAUCAGAGGACCUCAACAGCUGCAGAACAACGCAGUGAAAGCCCAGGAAGAAUACGCCAUCUUGUUCAUUCAGUCCAGAAACUUUUCACUAAGUCUCAUUCUUUGGAAGGAUCAUCCAAGGGCAAUGUUAAUGGGACAAAGGGAGACAGUCGAGGGGACGACCAUCAUCAUGGACAUCAUUCCAAGCAUAGCAAAAGGAGUAAAAGUAAGGAGCGAAAACCAGAGACCAAGCAUAAAUCUGGAAUGAGUAGCUGGUGGAGCUCUGAUGAUAAUUUGGACAGCGAUAGCACUUAUCGCACACCUAGCGUGAUUAAUAGGCAUCAUGUAGAUCAUAUCUCCCACUGCUAUCCUGAAGCUCUCCAGGGGCACUUUGGGGAUCUCUCACUAAAGACUUCCAAAAGUAACAAUGAUGUGAAAUGUUCUGCUUGUGAAGGGCUAGCAAUGACCCCUGAUGGUAAAUACAUGAAAAGGAGUUCUUGGUCUACACUUACAGUAAGCCAAGCUAAAGAAGCGUAUCGCAAGUCAUCCCUUAACCUAGAUAAGCCUCUGGUUCAUCAGGAAAUCAAAUCUUCCUUGAGGCCGUGCCAUUACCUUCAGGUGCCUCAAGAUGAAUGGGGAGGGUACCCUGUUGGCGGUAAAGACGAGGAGAUCCCCUGCAGGAGAAUGAGAAGUGGGAGUUAUAUUAAAGCCAUGGGAGAUGAGGAAAGCGGAGAUUCUGACACUAGCCCUAAAACAUCACCAAAGGUAGCAGUUCGACCAGAGUCAUUAUUAAAAUCCAUUGGACAGAGACCACUUGGAGAUCACCCAAAUCAGAGCUACCUUCAAGCUGCAAGUGAUGUGCCUGGGGGCCACAACAUGGAUCCCUCCGCAAACUACAAUUCCCCAAAGUUCCGAUCAAGGAAUCAGAGCUAUAUGAGAGCAGUGAGCACACUCAGUCAGGCCAGCUGUGUUAGUCAGAUGAGUGAAGCAGAGGUCAAUGGGCAAUUUGAGUCGGUGUGUGAAUCAGUAUUUAGCGAAGUUGAAGCUCAGGCAAUGGAUGCCCUUGACCUCCCUGGAUGCUUCCGAACAAGAAGCCACAGUUACCUGAGGGCCAUUCAGGCAGGUUACUCCCAAGAUGAUGAAUGUAUCCCUGCUAUGGGAUCUUCCAACAUCACCUCAACUAUCAGGUCCACAACAGCUGUAACUUAUACAAGUUACAAAAAAACGCCACCACCGGUACCCCCACGUACCACUUCCAAGCCACUCAUCUCAAUUACAGCACAGAGCAGCACAGAAUCCACCCAGGAUGCAUAUCAUGAUAGCCGGACUCAGAGGAUUUCCCCAUGGCCACAAGAUGGUCGAGGGAUGUACAACUCUACAGACAGUUUGGACAGUAACAAGGCCAUGAAUCUUGCCAUGGAAACUGCCGCUGCACAGCGCCAUGCUUCUGAGAGUCAAAUCACUUCAGUACGAACCAGUGACAAGGCCAUUUUAGUGACAAAAGCUGAGGAAUUUCUUAAGAGUCGACGGUCCUCUAUAGGGAUUCAGGUGGAAACGGCAACUGAUUCAGAUACCGAGAGCAGAGGCCUACGGGAAUACCACUCCGUUGGAGUGCAAGUGGAAGAUGAGAAACGACAUGGACGGUUUAAACGUUCAAAUAGUGUAACAGCAGCUGUUCAGGCUGACCUGGAACUGGAGGGCUUUCCAGGACACAUAACAAUGGAGGACAAGGGACUUCAGUUUGGUUCAUCAUUCCAGAGGCAUUCAGAGCCUAGCACUCCUACCCAAUAUGGUGCAGUAAGAACUGUACGGACACAGGGACUGUUCAGUUACAGAGAAGAUUACAGGAACCAGGUUGACACCUCAAAUCUUCCACCACCAGAACCCUGGCUGGAGCCAGCCAUUGAGACAGUUGAAACUGGUCGGAUGUCCCCAUGUCGACGGGAUGGGUCUUGGUUUAUGAAGUUGCUACAUACUGAAACGAAGAGGAUGGAAGGAUGGUGUAAAGAGAUGGAGAGAGAAGCAGAAGAAAAUGAUCUUUCUGAAGAAAUUCUAGGUAAAAUCCGAAGUGCUGUUGGAAGUGCUCAGCUCCUUAUGUCUCAGAAAUUCCAGCAGUUUUAUUGGCUUUGUCAACAGAAUCUGGACCCUAGUGCCAUGCCAAGGCCAACUUCCCAGGACCUAGCAGGAUUCUGGGAUUUAUUGCAGCUUUCAAUUGAAGACGUCAGCAUGAAGUUUGAUGAACUGCACCAGCUGAAACUCAAUGAAUGGAAACUAAUAGAAUCACCUGAAAGGAAGGAAGAAAGGAAGGUUCCUCCUCCAGUACCAAAGAAGCCCCCAAAAGGAAAAUUCCCUAUAACGAGAGAAAAGUCUCUCGACCUACCUGAUAGACAACGUCAAGAAGCCAGAAGACGACUAAUGGCUGCUAAGAGAGCAGCCUCCUUUCGGCAGAAUUCAGCCACAGAGCGGGCAGACAGCAUUGAGAUCUAUAUCCCAGAAGCCCAAACCCGGCUUUAAAGACAGAGUGCUGCAGAGUGUCCUUUUUUAAAACAAAUGCUUGUACAGUUUGUCACUUACCUGGUAAUUUUUGUCUCAUUCUCUCCACUGAAUAUGCCCUUGCUGUUGUGUUCUUUGUGCCAUAAGCACAGUGGAAUGCUUUUGAUUUCCUCAGAGUUUGCUGAGCUCAUUGCAAGAACUACUUCUUUUUGUAUUUAUUGGCUGACUUACAAUCAGCUACAAUGGAUAGGGCUUGUUGAGACCUGACUUAUCCAAUAUGUUCUCAGAGGACAACAAGAAACACCUCUUGAGAUGGAACCCAGCUUACUUUUUUGUUAUUUAUAUUUUUAUAAAUUGUGUGAUAAUUAAGGAUAAGAAUAACAAACUAUAAAUGGGUGCAUCUCACCAUUCACUAGAGGCAUUAGCUAAUCCAAGUAGAAGGUGCUACAAAUGUGAAGUGCAGGAAAGAAAGAACCCAUUUAUCUCUCUGACCUCCAGUUUCUUUUCCUUGAACCCAGCUAAAAUAUUUGCCCAUGUGCUCUGCCAUUCUACUCGUCUUUGUUACUGCAAAAUAACAUUAGGCCUCUCAUGUCAAGUCAAGUUUCUGGAGAUGAACAGGAAUAUCCAGCCACUAAAACUCUGAAGUUCAUCAGGAACCAAGAAGCAUACAAACCUGGUCCUAUUGGGAAUGCCCACUGAGAAAUGUUUGUGAUAGCAGUAUAAUGACAUUCAGAAAUCAAAGCAAAAUUAUAAUGCAAGAAAACUUGAGUGAUGGGGAAAGGAAAGUGGAAGCCUUAAAAAGUUAGAUCUUCUGUAGCAAGAUGUGUAAAGAGAACAGUUAUACUUACUCCUUUGGAACACUCAUUGCAUUUUAACAGUUCUUUUAUGUGUUAACUUUUUAUUUUACCAACCUCUCUUUAAUUUCAAAAGCUAUGCUACAUGUGAUAUUUUAAACUCUCAGAAUGCUAUAUCAAUUGAGUUUCCAGGGUAUCCUUGAAAAAAAAUAUUUGCUUGUUUAAAAUGCCAGUUGUGAUGUUGUAACCAGUUUAAGAAAUAUGAAUGUGAGUGGUAAGUAUAUCUAAGUUUAAAUGGUUAUCUUAAGGUAAAGGUGAACUGUGGUUUACAUUUUUUUCCAGAAAUCUUUUUCCUAUGCAGUAUCAGUUAAGGCAAGAUUAUUCUCUUGCUUGUGUCAGACUUAAAGAAAUGAUUUGAUUGUAAAGUGACUUCCAGAUAUGGAAUAUAAGGAAAGUAAUUUUUUCAAGCCUCUGAUUAUUACAAGAGAAAAGUAGGAACCACUACAAUCAUGAGGCUUUAAAUGUUCAUUUGAAAUAAAUUUAGAUAGUAUUAUUCCACUUCAUUUACCUUCCCAGACAUAAUUGAGCAUCCCAGCUCUUAGAAGGCUUCAGAUAAAAAUGUAAUAAAAGAUAUAACCCACAGAUCCUGAUACCAGGGUUCUGAUUACUACUCUAAGUCAAAAGAGUAUUACAACUAUGGCACAGAUAGUCCCAACUAACACAUUUUUUGUUUACUGCUUUAACAAAUACUAUGUACUUAGCCAUAGGCAGAAAGGCUACUUAAUUAUACUCCAGCACUUUGGUUUGUUCACCUUGAUGAGCACUUUAAAUAUGUACUUGGUACACCCUGCAGCCUGCCACAUGACUGAGAACAUUAAGUAACACAGGUUACAUAGAUCUGACAUUGCUUCAAAUCUGGGUUUAUUUUCUUGGGUUUUUUUCCUUCUGAGCAUUUUGUUAAGCAUGAGUUCUGGUUUUGGAUCAAAGCUGAUAUAAGCAUGUUUAGCUUCAAGAUAUGAAUCUUUAGAGUUGAAUAGCUGAGAAGUUUCUGUAAGGAGAAAACUCUGUAAAUUGAGCCUGAUAUCUGGUAUAUAUUUUACCAAAUAGCCUUAAUCUAUAUUUGGAAGCAAAAACCAAGAUGAAUGUAUAUCCUUCCAAAAACAACAACAACAAAAAACCCCUCCCUGAAAUAUUCUUAUAUAAAUGAAAACUUAUUAUACCCUCACCCCCAGGGUGUUCAAAGUGUUUUCUGUAUAUGGAAAGAGCUGAAUCCUGGGUAGUGUACAAUAUUGAUGCUGCUUCCUAUAUUUGUUGUACUAUUUUAAAUACAAAUGUUAAAUACCUAUUGGCAUCUUUAAUCUUUAAAAGUGAUAUUUAAUGUUAAGUGGAGCUGCGAAUUAGAACUAUCCACAUGAAAAUAAAGCCAGAGUAUUUCCUAGAUGUAGGAAAUUUAAAAUAGACCUAUAUAUAUAUUUAUGGCACCUGAUAUGUUUUAUCUAAUUUCCUUGGAUACUUCCAGGCUAAAUCACACUUGUUUUAUUCACUUGAGUAAUCCCACAUAAGACAAAGGGAUCACAUGAUUAAGGCACACAGCAUUUGACCUGUCAGUAUUCAGAACUUGUAAAGUCCAAUUGUAAAAAUUAGACUAGCAGUUAAAUUUAGAUCCCAGAUUAUGUUAUAACGUUGACUUGGAGCAGUCCGUAAAGGUUUUAAUUUCACAUCAGAUUUUGGUAAAUAUUCUGGGGUAUUUUAUGUUAGUAUGUCAUCAUACAAAAUUGGACUCUAAAUGUCUGGCUAAAACAGACCUGUGUGAGCAAAUUAGACCCUAAAUUUUACAAUGUCCAUGCAAUGAUGGGAAUAUGCUCACCGUGAGUCUUUGGAUAUGUAUUAUUCCCUGUUUGUUCCACCUCUUUGUUCCAAAGAAGAAGAAUUAAAAGUAAAAUAGAUGCCUACUGCUAAAUCUGAUAAAAUGUUAUCUGUGCAUGUUACAUUUUUAAGUGCAAUAUAUUCAACUUGUUGUGCAGGUAACAUUCUAUCAAUAAAGGCAGAUGAUAAGCCAUGUUUACCUAUGUAUUGUACAUCUAAUUAGUUGGAAAAAAUAAAAUUAUGUUUAUAAUACUUGUGUUGAAAGUCAGUCACACCCAAUCUGCUUGAAUCAUUGCUAUAAGAUAUACAGUAUUCAAUAACUAUUGCUUACAGACAAGUCCUGUCAAAUCUGGAAAUUGCAUUCAUUUCAUGCAUAGGAAUGGAUUACAGGACCAGGUAGGAGAAAAUUCAGUAACUUACAAUGUUCUAUUAACAUAAUACACUUCUACCUCGAUAUAACGUGGUCCACGGGAGCCAAAAUAUCUUACCGCAUUAGAUGUGAAACCGCGUUAUGUCGAACUUGCUUUGGCCCCCCUGCUCCUUGUCCCCUGAUGGCCCCCUCCAGAGACCCCCCCAUCCCUAAUC